GAGAGUGCUGCAGCCUACGCCACUGCCCACUGGACUCGCCUUCCCCUUCCGCCUCGGCUCCCCAUCUGCUCUCCGAUUUCUCGAUAUACACACCGAAAUUCGAAUCGCCCGCCUGCCGAGCCCUCGCCCCCACAACGCCGAUGCCUUCCAAGCGGCCUACCCCGCACGCCAUGGACGAAGCCGCCUCCGCCUCCGCUGCCGCCGCGCGCCUCCGCGCCUCCACCCCGCGCUCCAAGAAACGCACCUCCCGCUCCAAGUCCCGCGGCCGCUCCCCGAACCCUAACCCUAGCUCCCGUCGCGAGCGCGCCGCGGACCACGGCUCCGCCGCGCCCUCGCGCAAGAGCGACCGCAAGCCGAACCGCUCCUUCCCGGAUUCUGCCACGCUCGCCACGGCCAUGGCCUCGGUCCCCGCCGCCUCGGCCCCGUCGUCCGGCGGGGGGCGUGGUAGUGCGGGCGCCGUCCAGAAGCUCUGGAGCGAGGUCGAUGAGGUCGCGCUGCUCACGGGCGCUGCCGCCUUCAAGGACCGCACUGGCAUCGCGCCGCGCCUCCCGGACAUGGGCGAACUGUUCGAGUCCAUCAGGGGCUCCCUCGCGCCGCACCUCGAUCAGGCCAAGGUGUACUACAAGCUCAAGCGUCUCAAGAGCAAGUUCCAGCACUCCGUGCUGGGCGACUCCAGUACCGCGCACGAGCACCGGCUGCGCGACCUGGGCGCAGCCCUCUGGGGCGCCGAGCUCACGCGCCCUGAAGAGAACGCCGUCGUGACGGCUGAGGAGACCACCGAUCCCGAUGAGGGAUUCAUUGACGAAGAUAGGGAGGGGUCCGUGAAGCUUCCUAUGGUUAAGGAGGUGCUUGGAGAGUACUGGAGGUUGAACGGGCAGACCAUGUCAGGUGUGUCACUGGAGAAGGGAUUGGUGCUACUUGGGUCGCAGCAAGCUAGUGUGGUUGAGGUUAAAUGGAGGCGACAGCUUGAGGCAGAUAUGCGCAUGCAGAUGCGCCGACAUGAUCUGGAAAAGGAGGUCUAUGGCCUACUCAUCGAUGCCAUCAAAGGCCUAGGGCCUUAGCUUGGAUGCGGUUGAUGGAGUACAUAGCUGGAUACAUAGGUGGGAUGUUAUUUUGUAGGCUGAUCAACCCGACCCGACCUCGUGGUUGCUAACUGACAGACCUAACACGGCGUGAAGGGGAUUGUGGGGGUUUGCACGAUUCAGUCGUGUCAAUUUAUGUCUAGUUGUUGAACUAUUCAAUGUGAUUGUCAAACUCGCUUAGGUCUGGAGAUGUUUAUUUAACUAAUCUAUCUGAGAAGAAAGCUUUGCCUAUGAUCAGACAGCUUUCACAUCAACGCUACACUUCCUGUAAAUCAUUCGCCAAGAUGACGCUGUGUUUCAGGUGUAGAAUCCAGUUUCCUGUAGUUCAGUUUCUCUUCUUGAUUACGCUACUAGAUUCUGUCUGGACAUGUAUAUAUGUAUGAUUUGGUCGGAGCUGUUCGCUCUCCACUUGUCAAUUGUUGCUGGCGUGGUAGUCAUAUUAUCUCAUUU